AUGGCCACAAAAGGACCAAAGCUUAAAAUCCUUCCAUUUGAUCCACACGGAGACAGGCUAAAUUUAGGCAAACGUUGGGAAAGAUGGCUGGAAAAAUUUGAGCGAGAUCUCAAGUACAAUGGCUGUGACCCUGACGAAGCAGAAGCAGCGAAACAGCACAAAUGGAUUUGCUGAUUUACGCUAGAAUACAAGUAAAGGAUAUCCAUGACUCACUGCCUUCCCACUACCAGGCCGCCGAGCGUUUCCAGCGAACAGUGGACGGAGUAUCGACAAUCGAAGGAAAAAGUAAAUCAAUAUUUUCUCCCUCAAAAGUCAAAUCACUUCGCCUUAUUCGAGCUCAUGCGAGUGAAACCGGAAGAAGGCGAAAGGACUUUGAACUAUGCAGCAAGACUACGGAAAGAAGCCGAGAAAUGUGACUUUGCGAACUGGACGGCAGACAAAACGAUAAAAUGUCUUAUCAUAAGCAACCUACAUGACGACCAGCUACGAUUGAUAUGUUUGCAAAAGGAGCUGACACUUGAUCACCUACUGGAGAAAGCACGAAAGAGAGAAGAUGCCAUGGCCAUGAAUGAGGUCAUGCACAAAAAAAAACGGGGAGAAAGAGAAGUUAAAUAGAGUGAAGCAAUGAUAUCCAUUUAAAGGUCCACACCAACGGAAGGAAGAGAUACAAGAAAAAGGCAAGUAUGAAAGCAAAGGCAGACACAAAUAGCAAGGCUUGCGCUGUGAUAGUCGACGACACAAAACGAGAGGAGAAUGCCCAUCCCUAG